AUGGGGUUCGCCGGAGUGGCGUUUCAGCCGCGCGCGGCGGCGCUGGCGGAGCUGCAGCACUGCCCGCAGUUCCACGACGCCAUCCUGACGCUCCCCGACGCCGCCAUGUUCUCCGCGCCCGCAUGCCUCCUCUACGCGCGCAGCAAGUGGUUCCGCCGCGCGUGGGAGGACGCGCCGGGGAGCGGCUUUGGGAAAUGCGUGGAGAUCACGAUUCCGCCUGUACCUGGGGGAACGGAGGCGUUCGAGAGCAUUCUACAGUACUGUUACGGGCUGCCUGUUAACGCGGAUGCUACUAACGCGUUGCAGCUGCUGUGCUGCGCAGCGUUCUUCGAGAUGUGUGAGGGGAGCGAGGAGGAUUCGUUGCAGCGACAGGCGUGGAGGUACAUUAACGAGUAUGUUCUUAACGAGUGGGAGGACAGCCUGCGGCUGCUGGAGACAGUAGCGAGGGACGAGCUUGUAAUGAGGGAGGCUCUGAAGCUCGACCUCCCGCUGCACGCGUCAGCAUGUGUGGCAGGCACGUGCGCCGUCCCAUCCACCCUCACCCGCCCGCCUGCUCACUCCAUUCACCAUCUGAGCGCCAUGCUGUCGGGUCCCUUCGACAGCCCCACGCGCAUGGCGGCGCUGCACCACCUGCUGGCGCGCCUCGCCGCCCUGCCCGCGCCCGUGCUGUCAUGCGUGCUGCAGGCGUGCCAGCAGGCGGGUGUGAGCUUCGUGCGCAUCGGCAACUACCUCGCUGCCCACUCCCACUCCUGCCUCUUCCAACACAUCCCCUCCCUCGCUGCCGCUGCCGCUGCCACCUCUGCUGCUGCUGCUGCUGCUGCUGGUUGGGAUGGCGAUGUUGCAGGAGAAAAAGAGGCAGCAGCAGCAGGAGCAGCAGGAGCAGCAGGGGCAGGGGCAGGGGCAGGGGCAGGGGCAGGGGCAGGGGCAGGGGCAGGGGCAGGAGGUGGCGAAGAAGCUUCAUCCGUUGGUCUUUCAAGCAGUGGUGGUGCAGAAAGGAGGGUGGCGAGCGGAGGGGGAGGGGGAUACAAGGUGGUGUGUGGGGAGGAGGCGGCAGAGGAGGCAGAGGAGAGGGAGGAGGUGGGGCGGGCGAUGCUGUUUGAGUAUGCGUGCAGUGAGGCGCUAGAGCACGCUGCGGCGAUGCAGGAGCUGCACCACCGUCCGCCAGCAGCAGCAGCAGCAGCAGCAGUGGGUGGGGGAAGAGGAGGUGUGGGCGGAGAAGGUGACGCCUCUGCCCCGUUCCCUUCAGCUGCAUCGGCGUCUGCAGCGGCAGCGCAGCAGCAGCAGGCGUUGAGGCGGCAGCAGCAGGGGGGGCUGAGGUCCAGCACGCGCUACAUGCCAUCGGUGCAGUACCUGAUCGUGCUGCUCAAGCACUGUGUCACUCUACAGGAAGGUCUCGCACUCACGGAUGCUCACGGGCAGGGGCAGGGCGGUCAAGUGGGCGGUGUUGGUAAGACGAGAAGCUCAGCCUCGUUACAAGGGGACUCGAUACAAGGAAAUGAAGGGCCAAGACAUCCGGUGAACAGCAGGGGGGUUCAAAGGGCAUCGUUGGUGCAGCGGGUGGGAGGCAGGGGCGUGAGGGGGGGUGCGGGCGCGGUGGCCACGGGGCUGAGGGAAACCAAGAGCGACAGCGACGUGGCCUCCAGUGAGCGGGCGAGUGCGAGCAGGAAGGGCGAGGGCAUGGGGGAGAGCGUGCGGGUGGGCGUGGGGCGGCGCAAGGAGCUGCUGUUCACACGGCUGGCACACCGCCUGACGGCCAUGCCCACAGCGCUGUCCCUGGCGGACCUCGUCUUCCUGGGCCCCGCCACCAGCCUGCUGCUCCUCCACUCCCUCCGCGACGCCUCCCUCUCCCAUGCCAACCACCCCUCCAUCCCACCCCUGCCCCCCCAUGCUGGAGGCCCCCUGCCCCCGCUGCCAUCGCAACCACAGCCAGCGCCCACCGCCAGCACCGUUAAUGGCACUAGCACCAGCAUCACCAGCAGCAGCAGCAGCAGCCGGCGUAUGGCGGUGCGGGUGGUGGGGUCCCCUGCAGCAGCGCUGGGCGGCGAUCUGGUGUGCGACUACGUGCACUACCUGGCAGCGCGCAUGACGCACCAAUCACAGCACCACACGUGGCUGCCCUUCCUGCGCCUGUGCCCCGCGUGGCCGGGCCUGUCGAGCUUUCUGAUCGACCUCAUCGCGCUGCUCAACCUGCUCUUCCCCGACGCCCGCCACCUCCCCCCCGUGCCCGAGCUGUGGAGCAUGGUGGACGUCAGCGCGCUGUCCGACGACAAGCUCGCCCUCGCCGGGAAGAUGUGCUGCGAGGGGGAGGGUCAGGGCGGAGAUGCGGGAGGGGAUGGUGGGGAGAGGGGUGGCAGCUGGGGAGGGGGGUGGGGUGGGAGAGGGAGGGAGCAAGGGAGGGGGUGGUGGAGCGAGGGGAGGGUGUUGGCGCAGCAGGUGGAGAGGGAGCAGCGGGCAAGGGGUGUGAGGGCCGAGGGGGAGAGGGGGCGGGAGGAGGAGAGGGGGAAAGAAGGGGGGAUGCGGGGGGAGGUGGAGAGGGAGCGGCGGGGGCGGCAGGAGAGGGCGCUGCAGCAGGCGGCGUUGGAGGUGGAGAGUGUGCGCGCCGCCAGCACCCGCCUCGCCCUGGAGACCGCGCAGGUGAGGUCCGGGGCUGGGUGA